CGCACUGAACAGAAAUGCCUGGCGGGUGGAGGGUAGCGAGACGCCUGGCGACCAGCGAGGCAGAGAUAUUACCUUUGUUGACGGGUGAAAGUGGCCGCACCGGAAACAUCCACCCUCGACCCUCCAGUCUCAACCGCCUGGCGGGUCGCCUGGCGGGUAUCCACCCGAACAAUCCUGUUUGUUCUUCCAGCCAGCCAUCCAGGCAUUUUACCGCUGCACUACGACUGCGCUACAGCAUGGAGGAACUUAUUAUAGCAGCUGUGUACAAGCGUAAAGCUAUUUGGGAUCCUACCGACGGUCUCAGGAAGAAUUCAAAGAUUUUGAAUGCAUUGUGGGCUGAAGUAGCUCAAGAAGUUGGAAUAGAUGUGAAGACAGCGAGAGCAAAAUGGAAGAACCUUCGCGCUUAUUUCGCCAAAGAAUUGCGAGAGUUAGAAAUCCCAAAAAGUGGAAGUGGUGGCAAUACAAAAACUGUAAGUACAUGGAGCUUUUUCUCUCAACUGAUGUUUUUAAAAGAUGUCAUUGUUAGCUCUAGUUGUCCUAGAGACGAUAACCUUCAUGUUUCUAAAGAAGCAACAACACAAGACAGCAACGAUGCUUCACAAUCAUCUGAAACAAAUGUGACCAACAAUUACGAAACAUUCGAACAGCAAAGUGAGUCUCUUGCCAUUCUAGCAGAUGUCAUACCCGAAACGUCAACUUUGAGUGUUUCACAGGAAACUGAGUACAAUUUUUUAAAGAAAAGAAGUGAAGUUAGAAAACGGAAACAAACUUCAUCACAGCAAAGAUGUAAGGAAGAUGAGUUAAUUGAAAUAGAAAAAAAGAAGAUUGCUCUUCUCGAAAAAGAGAUCAACACCACAGAAGAUCCGGAUCUGAACUUCUUCAAGAGUUUAUUGCCGUACAUGCACUGUUUCAAUGGCUUACAAAAGCUUCGAGUACGUGCGGCAAUACAAGAAAUCGUUACCCGAGAGUAUGAGGCAACACAGAGCAUAGGUCCAUUACCACAUCAUCAACUUGCAGGAAGCUACUUGUCUUCUCCCGCCACGCGGGAUUCAUCCGAGAAUCACCAUGUACUACAUCCUGCGUCAUUUAAUGCGCCUUCAACGGAAUCUUUGGAUACAUCAACAGGAACAUUUGAUGUUUCUCACUAUUCGUAAUUUUUCGCAAGUGUAAAAUAUGCAUCUAUGAAAAUACCAUUGAAUGUUUAUAAUUGUGUGAUAAUAUUGUUAGUGAAAAUUAGGCAGGGCUAGUGUAUACCAUUUGUACUGUUUCAAUAAUAAUAACAUUAAAAUUACUAAUAAAAACCCUGUGAAAAGGCUCAUCAAAACCAAUAUCAUAUUUAUAACAGCAAUAUUAUAAUUUAUAGUAGUGAAAAUAAAAUUGGUCUUACCUGCAUGUAAUUACUAGUCGUUGUUCAGCAGAGAUUGUUUCUC